AUUUAUAUAUUUUUUAUUCUUUCUUUUUGAAUAAACAUAUUUAUUGUAAUAAUAAGGCCAUACUUUAGGAAAAAAAAGAGGAACCCCAUCCCUGGUUGUGCCGAUGCCUCACGGGUAAAGAAGAUUAAUGAUUUAUUUAUUCAGAAUCUAAAAGUUGGCACUCAUGGUGUCAAUUAUAACUUCCGUUUACAGAUUUUCUGAAUAACGAUGUCACUGAGCUUUGUUAGUACUCUCCGAGUGGCUGAACAGUUUUCAUGAGGAGAAUCCUUUCUGAUGUUUUUUUCCGCAGUACAUCGCUGAAUAAACAUUGUGAAUAAAAACCCAGAGCAAACUCUUUGCAGUUAAUCUCUUGGUUUUACUUUACAGUCACAAACACUGUGGAAGGGCUUUAUCGGAAGCACUAGCAUUUCUUUUCGGUCCGGUAGAAACGUUUCUCAUGCGAGAAAGGUUCCUACCUGUGAGCGAUGGCCCAGGAACAACUUCUGCUCGGUCUCUGUGAUGGAGAGCUGGAUCCCAGGAAAUACCGCUCCUCGUUCCUGACAAAUAAAGUCGGGGGGGAACCGGACUGGCCACCGGCUAUCUCCCGGCAGUCUCCCCGCUGUGCGGUUUGUAGCGGUCCUUUAGCCCACGUGGUGCAGGUGUACUGCCCGCUUCAGGGCUCCCCUUACCACAGAAACCUUCACAUGUUCGCCUGCUGCCAACCUGGCUGCAGCGGGCUGCCAGGUAGCUGGACGGUUCUCCGCUCCCAGUGUGUGGAAGCUACCAACCAGUCCCCCCCGUCUCAGGUGGUUAUUCCGUCGGCCACAGAUUGGUGUGAGUCCGCUGAUGUCUGGGGGAUCGAGGGGGAGAAAUGUUCUUCUGGAUGUGGGGGACGUGAAGAGCUUCAGGAACAGGCUGGAGAUCUGCAAACAGAAGUGAGUGCUACAGUCUGCCAGAUGGAUGCCAGCUCCAGUCUUCAGCAGCUAAGUCUGGUAGAGUCUAAAGACCUCCCCGUCUUUCGUCCAUUCUUUAUCAGCGUGGUGGAGGAGUCAGAACUGUGUGGUGAAGAUGACAAGCUGGAGCAUGCUCAGGUGCUUCUGAGGGAGUAUGAGAGGAGGGAGGGCAAAGGAGUGGGGGGGCUGGAGGAGAGCAGUGACGAUGGUGAGAAGUAUGAAAAGACCAAAGCCAGACACGGAGAUGCUGUCUUCUCCAGGUUUAUGAAGACAAUUUCAGUGUGUCCACAGCAGAUCCUGCGCUACUGCCGCCACAGGAAACCACUCUUUAUCUCUAAGCCACCAUCCAAUAUGUGUCAGGUAGUUCCAGUGUGUAGCUCCUGUGGAGAACCCAGGACUUUUGAGCUGCAGCUAAUGCCUGCUCUGGUCAGCCUGCUGCGGAGAAAAGACAGCAGCUUGGAGAACGAGCUGGAGUUUGGGACCGUAUUGGUUUUUACCUGCACAAAGAGCUGCUGGACUGCAAGGUCAGGCUGCCCUGUGGAGGAGUUCUGCUUUGUUCAGUGUGACCCAGAUCAGCAGCUCUUUAAAUGACUGAGCAGGUUAAUUAAUCUAACCAUUACUUCAUACACAAAAAAGGAAGAAAUAAAUAUGUAUACCUGUAUUACAAAAUGGAAGGCUUAAAUGGUAAAAAACUACCCGUUUUUUAUUUGUCCCAACAGAACCAUUAAAACAUUAGUUAUAAUGGUUCUGUCUCUUUUAAUUAAUGCAUAAUAUAUUGUUAUCCUCAAUCAUGGAAGUUUUUAGUGUAAUGCCAUAAAAAAGCCAGCAGAUGGAACACAGAACUACUGCUUUAAAAAUCAAAUCUUAGACACAGUUUGCAUUUCCAGUAUUAAGACACUGCAUUUAUGGAAGUAAAUUUGUCCCAAUAUUCAAAUUAAAAUGGAUUAAUAAAAUGUUUUUUUAUUUUCAAAAUGAAGCUGCA